AUGGGAGGCGCGACAUCAACUACUUCUAAGGUGGCAAUAAUUCGCAAGUCUGAAAUACCCGGGGUGGACGUCGACUAUACCUUUAUUAAGAUUGCCCCGGAUCAAGCCCAGGUUGACAUGACAGGGAACUGUGGAAACAGGGCGUCUGGGGUAGGACCGUUUGCUCUGGAUGAAGAGCUCGGGAGACCAACAAGACGGGGGCAAAGAAUGAUGGACAUCACAGUGAUUAACACCAACACUCAACAAAUCCCGGUAGAGACCGUUCACGUCACCUCAGCCGGUAAGCUUUCCGAGGGCGGCGACUACAGCAUCGCAGGGCUAGAGGUACCCCUAAAAUCGCCCUUUUGUAUCCAAGUUGACGCGAGGUGGGUGCAGAAGGUCGCAUUGAUGAGGCUGAUAUUGAAAUACUGCCCUUCAACCUGGGGCAACCUCAUCCCAGCCUUCAGGUGGCGGGGGCUGUCUGCCUCGGCACUGCGCGAAGCAUACCAGGAACAGUGGCAUGGUAUUUUCGGCGCCAAGAACACACAAAGGAUGACCACAAUGCCUCUCCAGAACGGCAAGCCAUGUAGACUGGUGGACGUCGAGGCGAAGUUGGAGACGCACGAGAACGGGGAGACAUCCGUGGAGAGCGUCAGCGUGUUUCGCUCUACACGACGACUAUUUGAUGGAAAGGCAUUUGAUCGCCUAGAAUCACAAGUCGUGGGUCUGAUUAGAUGA